AAGUGAAAGUCCGGGCCGGCGCCUGCGGGAGCGCGGGACGGAGGCGGGACGGAGGCGGCUGCGCGCCCCGGCGCCCAUGGCGCUGAGCAAAGGGCUGCGGCUGCUCGGGCGGCUGGACGGCCCGGGGCCCGGCAGCGUCCUGCUGGAGGCGCGCGGCCGCGGGGAAUGCCUGCUCUUCGAGGCCGGCACGGUGGCCACGCUCGCUCCGGAAGAGAAGGAGGUCAUUAAGGGCCAGUAUGGGAAGCUCACGGAUGCUUACGGCUGCUUGGGGGAGCUCAGGUUGAGAUCUGGCGGUGCCUCCCUGAGCUUCCUGGUUCUGGUGACAGGCUGCACAUCCGUGGGCAGAAUUCCAGAGGCUGAAAUCUACAAGAUCACCGCCACCGACUUCUACCCUCUACAGGAGGAGGCCAAGGAGGAGGACCGCCUCGUAGCCUUGAGGAAAAUCCUCAACUCGGGUGUCUUCUACUUCUCGUGGCCCAAUGAUGGGUCUAGCUUCGACCUCACCGUCCGGGCACAGAAGCAGGGCCAUGACAGCUACGAAUGGGGGAGCUCCUUCUUUUGGAACCAGCUGCUGCACGCUCCCCUGAGGCAGCACCAGGUGAGCUGCUGCGACUGGCUGCUGAAGGUCAUCUGCGGCGUGGUGUCCAUCCGCACUGUGUAUGCCUCGCACAAGCAGGCCAAGGCCUGCCUCAUCUCCCGCAUCAGCUGCGAGCGCGCCGGUGCUCGCUUCCACACCCGCGGCGUGAACGACGAUGGCCACGUGUCCAACUUCGUGGAGACUGAGCAGACGAUUUACAUGGAUGAUGGAGUGUCCUCUUUUGUCCAGAUCAGAGGCUCCGUUCCGCUGUUUUGGGAGCAGCCAGGGCUUCAGGUUGGCUCUCAUCAUCUGAGACUCAACAGAGGCCUAGAAGCCAAUGCCCCUGCUUUUGACAGACACAUGGUGCUUCUGAAGGAGCAGUAUGGGAAGCAAGUGGUCGUAAACCUGCUGGGGAGCAGAGGUGGAGAAGAGGUGCUCAACAGAGCCUUCAAGAAAUUGCUCUGGGCUUCUUGCCACGCCAGCGACACACCUAUGAUAAACUUUGACUUCCAUCAGCUGGCCAAAGGUGGGAAGCUAGAGAAAUUGGAGAAUUUGUUGAGGCCCCAGUUGAAGCUCCACUGGGAUGACUUUGACGUGUUCACCAAGGGCGAGAAUGUAAGUCCACGUUUUCAGAAAGGCACUUUGCGGAUGAACUGUCUUGAUUGCCUGGACCGAACCAACACAGUGCAGAGCUUCAUAGCACUCGAGGUCCUUCAUCUCCAGCUCGAGAGCCUCGGCCUGAAUUCAAAGCCCAUCGCUGACCGCUUUGUGGAAUCCUUUAAAGCCAUGUGGUCUCUGAAUGGACACAGCCUUAGCAAGAUGUUCACAGGCAGCCGGGCCCUAGAAGGGAAGGCCAAGGUGGGUAAGCUGAAGGAUGGGGCCCGGUCCGUGUCUCGCACUAUCCAGUCCAACUUCUUUGAUGGAGUGAAGCAAGAGGCCAUCAAGCUGCUGCUGGUUGGGGAUGUUUACACUGAGGAGUCUGCAGACAAAGGAAGGAUGCUUCUGGACAACACAGCCCUGCUGGUGACUCCCAGGAUCCUGAGGGCCAUGGCUGAGCGCCAGUCGGAAUUCACAAAUUUCAGGCGGAUCCGAAUUGCCACGGGGACGUGGAACGUGAACGGAGGCAAGCAGUUCCGGAGCAACCUCCUGGGGACGGCCGAGCUGGCCGACUGGCUCCUCGACUCCCCCACGUGCUCGGGCCUCCCGGGAUCCCAGGAUGAGGACAGCCCAGCUGACAUAUUUGCUGUGGGGUUUGAAGAGAUGGUGGAACUGAGCGCAGGGAAUAUCGUCAAUGCCAGUACCACCAACAGGAAGAUGUGGGGUGAGCAGCUCCAGAAGGCCAUCUCACGCUCCCAUAGGUACAUUCUCUUGACUUCGGCACAGCUGGUGGGCGUCUGUCUGUAUAUCUUUGUACGUCCAUACCAUGUCCCAUUCAUCAGGGACGUGGCCAUCGACACAGUGAAGACAGGCAUGGGAGGAAAGGCGGGCAACAAGGGUGCCGUGGGCAUCCGCUUUCAGUUCCACAGUUCCAGCUUCUGCUUCGUGUGCAGCCACCUGACGGCCGGCCAGUCGCAGGUGAAGGAGAGGAACGAAGACUACAGGGAGAUCACCCAGAAGCUGAGUUUCCCGAUGGGAAGAAACAUUUUUUCUCAUGAUUACGUGUUUUGGUGUGGCGAUUUCAACUACCGCAUUGAUCUCACUUAUGAAGAAGUCUUCUAUUUUGUCAAACGCCAAGACUGGAAGAAACUUCUGGAGUUUGAUCAGCUACAGCUACAGAAAUCAAGUGGAAAAAUUUUUAAAGACUUUCACGAAGGCGUUAUUAAUUUUGGACCUACCUACAAGUAUGACGUUGGCUCUGCUGCCUACGACACAAGUGACAAAUGUCGCACCCCUGCCUGGACAGACCGGGUCCUGUGGUGGAGGAAGAGGCACUCUUUUGACAGAACAGCUGAAGAACUCAACCUUCUAGACAACGAUGUAGAUGCUGACAACACAGUCAGACAUUGCUGGUCUCCUGGUGUGCUCAAGUAUUACGGCCGAGCAGAACUACAAGCAUCUGAUCACAGACCCGUGCUGGCGAUCGUGGAGGUGGAAGUUCAAGAAGUCGAUGUGGGUGCUCGGGAGAGGGUGUUCCAGGAAGUGUCCUCUUUCCAGGGCCCCCUCGAUGCCACUGUUGUAGUCAACCUCCAGUCGCCAACUUUAGAAGAGAAAAAUGAGUUUCCUGAGGAUGUACGCACAGAACUCAUGCAGACCUUGGGCAAUUAUGGGACCAUUGUUCUUGUCAGGAUCAACCAAGGGCAAAUGCUAGUGACUUUUGCAGACAGUCACUCAGCUCUCAGCGUCCUGGACGUGGAUGGUAUGAAGGUAAAAGGCAGAGCAGUGAAGAUCAGACCAAAGACCAAGGACUGGCUAAAAGGUUUGCAAGAGGAGAUCAUCCGAAAGCGGGAUAGCAUGGCUUCCAUGUCUCCCACUGCCAAUUCCUGUUUGCUGGAGGAAAACUUUGACUUCACAACUUUGGACUAUGAGUCAGAAGGGGAUAUUCUCGAAGAUGACGAAGACUAUUUGGUGGAUGAGCUAAAUCAGUCUGUGGUCUCAGAUGGUGAAAUGGGGGCGGACAACCUUUCUGAAGCCUCCACGGCAGCGGUGCCUGCCAGCAAGUCACCUGCACUCACUAAAAAGAAGCAGCACCCAACGUACAAAGAUGAUGCUGACCUGGUGGAGCUAAAGCAGGAGCUGGAAGCAGUUGGGGAUUUCCGACACCGUUCUCCAAGCAGGUCUUUGUCGGUUCCCACUAGGCCUCGGCCACCUCACCCACCGCAGAGACCCCCCCCUCCAACUGGUUUAAUGGUGAAAAAGUCAGCUUCGGACGUGUCCAUCUCCUCCGGCACCCACGGGCAGUACUCGAUUUUGCAGACGGCAAAGCUUCUGCCGGGAGCACCUCAGCAAGCACCCAAAGCCAGGAUGGGGAUAAGUAAACCCUAUAAUGUCAAGCAGAUCAAAACUACCAAUGCCCAGGAGGCAGAAGCAGCCAUCCGAUGUCUCCUAGAAGCCAGAGGAGGCACCCCAGGCGAAGCCCUAAACGCCCCGGCCCUGAGGGACCAAGGGCCUUCCAAACCAGAGCCCCCUGCGGGGGCGGCCCCGCUGCUGCCCCGUCGGCCUGCGCCCAGAGUUCCUGCCAUCAAGAAGCCAACCUUGCGGAGGACGGGCAAGCCGGAGUCACCAGAAGGACAGUUUGGGCAACAGACGGUCCAUUUCACGAUCGGGCCCCCAGAGACCAGCCUUGACACCCCUCCUCUAGCAACCCCUCCUGUUCCCAAGCCGAGGACACUUCAGCCUGGGAAGGGUGCUGAGAGGAAGCCCGCACCAGAAGACGCCCCUCCCAUGGCAGGAGCCGCCCUGCCGCCCCCCCUGGAGGUGCCGCCUCCCGCACCCCAGGCCCCCCCGAGGAGGAGGAAGAAAUCGGCACCCGCAGCCUUCCACCUGCAGGUGCUGCAGAGCAACAGCCAGCUCCUCCAGGCCUUCACCUGCAGCACCCCAAGCAGCGACUGGCCCCCUGCACACCUGCCCGACCAGAGUGCACUUGUGCCGCCACUUGCCAGCCUCAGUGCUUCCUCUGCCACGAGCCCCGAAACUGAGGGCCCCAGGGAGACCCAGGCAGAGGCAGCCUCCCUUCUGGGUGACUAUCAAGAUCCCUUCUGGAGCCUUCUCCAUCACCCUAGCCUGUUGAAGAAUACCUGGCUUUCCAAGAGCUCUGACCCACUGGACUCGGGGGCUCAGGGCCUGGAAAGAGCACACACGGCCCCACUGCACCCACUGCAAGUUGCUGCCUCGCCGGCCUCGGAGCUGCCCCUGGAGCACGGACAGAAAGAUUUCACCGGCUGGAUGGCAGUCAGUGACAAGGACAAGAGGACCGUGCUGCAGGUGUUUGACCCACUGGCAAAAACAUGAGGGGGAUGCUUGGACAGCCACUCUCUUGCAGAACGUGUGCCUUCUGCCCUCAGGCAUCUCUCGGCCUUCUUGGGGAGAAGCCCCGAGCCUUGGCCUCACCCCACUCCCACUCCAUGGAAAGAGACCUCUGUUUAAAGGCACACUGAAAAAAAAUUUGUACUUCUGUCACUCUUGUGUAGUUUACAGACAUGGUGUCUCUUAGUCAAUAGAUGAUCAUUCAGUCACCACCAUAUGUUUUAUUCCAGGCUUGUGCAUUUCCGUUUCCUUGCAGGGGCAUGAGAAGCCUCUGCUUAGAUUCGAGGUAUGGAUUUGGGGAAAGGGAAUCUGGCUGAUAAUGUCCACGAAAUUCUCUCUCUCUCUCGUUGGAUUUUUAAAUGGUUUUUCAAUUUAUGUGUGUAUGCGGUGUUCUUUUUAGAAUUUUGUUUGUAUUUUGCAGAUUCGGUAUCACUUUUUGGUGAUCCACCUGAAGGUUGAUGUGUAAACUUGAAAGAUGGUUGGGACCAUUAAGAGCUGUACCUGGCCUACUGUGACACCAGGUUCAAAAACAAAAAAAAGCCAGAGUUGAAAGCAGCAAACAGAUCAACCAAAUGACUUGACUGUACAUUCCCGUGAGCCCUUGUAUUUAUGUACAUGUAUAGUAACCUUGGUUUCGUGGGAGAUGGUGUCAUACACUGUUUUGGUUCUGAAGCAUAUACUCUUAGCUUAACCGGAGCUUAAGCUGGCUAGAGACUCCUACCUACACCACAUCUUAGCUACUGCAUGCCCCAUAAAAUGCUGCAGACUUGAGCCAUGGUGUACUAGUUAAACCAGUUUUUAUAUACUGGCUCUUUCCUAUUAAAGGAAACCUCGUGGCUUCUUUCUCCCCUUACAUUCCCUACCGAGUAUAAGCACAAACCGUGAAAAUUCUUACUGGCACGUAAUACUGUCCUCAUUGUUACAUUAUGAAGAAUAUUUAAUUUAGCCUGGUCUACCUGGCUCAGGAGGGAAAGUAUCACCUGCCUCUGUAUAUAGGAAAUUCCAAGGCAGCAGUUUUGAGUUUGUUUAUCUAUCUGUUUACUAGGUUUAUUUUUUUGUCUAUACGUUUUUCUAUACAUUUGCAACACCACUUCUUGCCUCGUCGGUCCUUUAGAAAGACGUCACCAUGUGAUUUUACAUUUUAAGAAUAAUGUUGUAAGGCCUAGAAUCCAUUUGAAGCAGAUACUAUAUUUUUGCCAACAAGAAAUUCACUGGUGAAAUAUUAGUUUGCCACAUACCGUACUUAGUUUUUAGUGUCAUAGAAUCAUAUAGCAGUGACUCUGUAUUAUCCGUAAUGUGACCAGAGAAUUCCUGCACUAAAUGCUAAUGGUUAGGGUGACAGUCAUCAUCCUGCCUGGGCAGGAUACCACUCUCUUUUUACCUCUGGGAUUUCAGAAUUAUUUCUCAUUGCCACUGUCAAGAUACACUGCAGAUUAUUUAAAUCUGGCACUCAAAACAAAAAAACCACGUGUAUCACAUUUCAUUUGAAAAUGAUAAAAAGAUAUUAGUGACCCACAGGGAUGAACAUAUGUAGUCAACCAGUCUUAAAAAGAUGGAGUUGAUGGCCUUAGCUGAUGAGGAUCCUUUCUGUAAGGACUUUAUAUCCUGUUUACCUCUCUAACAAACACGAGUAAACAACAUCAUUCUUGAAGAGUUAGCAGAAGAAAGAAUGCAAGGUGGGUAAAUGGCUUGGAGAAGUUAAAUAAUUUGCCAGGAUUCACAUUGCUAUUGAGGGUUCAAUUGGGAAUGGAAUCAGAGAUUUCAUAAUUCAAAUGUUCUUUCCUCUGUCACUUCUUUUUCCCACCAAAAAGGAAGUGAAUUUGAAAGUAGAUAUGUAUAACACAACAGUUGCUUGCAAAGCUGGAAAUAGGCCUAAUUUUCAGGUUUCUUCUUUGUUCUAGAUGCAAAUAGCCAACAAAUGGGAUAGUGAAUGGAAGUUUAAUUAAGAAAGGUGCUCAUCACACAGGUAGCUCUUAAGAAUCUGACAUUAAGUAUUAAUACAGAAUUGUGUUGACCUCGGAGGGCAGAUCACAAUAAGAAUCCAAAGUAGUUUAACAUAAAGAAUCGAACAAAUAUUUGAGUGGGGAUGUUCAUAUUUAGUAAACUCCUAGGCUGGAUUUUGAGGUGAUCAUAUGUAAGUUUCACACACCAAUAUACUCUUUAAAAAGCCGAUUGAAAUUGCCUUAUUUAAUUUCUUGAUCAGAGCUUUACUGAGCUAGUAAGUUUCCUAGGUUAGCAGCAGAGUUGGUUAAAUAUUCUGGACAAUGAGCAGCUGCCAUCCUGGGGAUUCCAUUUUGUGGGUUUUUUAUUUUUGGUUUUUCUUUGUGCCGCCCCCAGACCCCCACCCCACAGGCCUUGCAGUUUCUUUCAUUACCAUUCUGUAAGACAGGACAUACAGUUCACUGGAGAAUUUGAGGCACAGAGCUUUACAAUUCAACAUUGUCUCUAGGACCCCAAUUAUAUUCCCUUUAACAACAAAAUCUCCGACUUCUUGCCUAUUUUAAAAAUUUGUUCCAGUAAAUGACUGAAAUUAGGACAUCUGCUCAAGCAAUUCCUGUAAAAGUUAAAAGUUGUUGAAUUUCAAGACACGAUGGAAUUCUCCAGAUGUAGAAGUACAAGCAAAGUAAUGCAUUAAAAAUGUUUGCUUUGUAAUAAUUUUAUCAGAAAGCUACAAAAAGUAUUUAUUGGCUGACUAGCAAUUAAAACCCUGUGAUGUUUAUUUGAAGUGAUAAUUUGUACUGCAAUUGUAAAAAAAUGCCUAUUAAAUAUUUUGUCUUUUUUUUUAA